AAACAAUGUCGGUCCACCAACUAAUCGUUACCUACUCCUUGUAUCUGACCGCUUGAGAGCUUUUGGAGACUGGCAAAAAUGGCGGAGAAAGAUGCGACGGCGAGUGGCGAUGACGCCAUUAGAGUUAGCGGUAUGCAAUUCGCAUACGAAGUUGAGGAUCCAAUAUUCUUCGACUUCAACCUCGAUCUUCCAGCUGGUUCUCGCUGUCUUCUGGUUGGUGCCAAUGGAUCUGGUACGAUGAUCGAUUUCUAGAGAGAGAUUUUCCUUGUAGUUAGUUUUCAUUUUUUUUCUGUCUUGGGGUCACAGGUUUUGGAUCAGCGAUUCGACUUGUUAUGUUUUCGGCGAGAAUGGAAAGUUAAAGACAUCUUUUGUUUGAUUUGAUUUAAAGUUUGGAACUUUGAAAAUUGGCCCUAUGCCUCUGCAAUUUCAGAAUUUAUUUGCCAGUCUGAAAUUGGAAUCAUCCGUUUCUGUCGUUCUGGGGUUGGGUUUUUUUGACGUCGUUGUAGUAGAAUCCGGUUUGCCAUGUGAUCUUAAUACUGCGAUUAGCUUGAGGCAAGACAACCUUAUUGAAGAUUCUGGCUGGAAAGCAUAUGGUGGGAGGAAAGAACGUUGUACAAGUUCUUAGCCGCUCGGCUUUCCAUGAUACUCAACUUGUUUGCAGUGGUGACUUGUCUUACCUUGGAGGAUCAUGGAGUAAAACCGUUGGUUCAGCUGGAGAGGUUCCUCUCCAGGGAGAUUUCUCAGCAGAACAUAUGAUAUUUGGAGUUGAAGGAACUGAUCCCGUGAGAAGAGAAAAACUGAUUGAUCUUCUUGAUAUCAAUCUUCAAUGGCGUAUGCAUAAGGUUUCUGAUGGGCAGAAACGGCGCGUGCAGAUAUGUAUGGGACUCUUACAUCCAUUCAAGGUGUUAUUACUCGAUGAGGUCACUGUUGACCUAGACGUCGUUGCAAGGAUGGAUUUGCUGGAAUUCUUCAAAGAAGAAUGUGAUCAGAGAGGAGCUACAAUCGUGUAUGCAACUCACAUAUUCGACGGGCUAGAGACAUGGGCGACACAUUUGGCCUACAUUCAGGACGGUGAGCUGAAUCGUUUAUCGAAAAUGACAGAUAUUGAGGAGCUGAAAACUUCACCCAACCUCCUCUCCGUGGUAGAAUCUUGGCUCCGUUCUGAAAUCAAACUCGUGAAGAAGAAGAAGAAGCCUGUGGCGCCAUGGAAACCAUCUCCAUUCGAUAACUCUCCUUUUAGAUCAUCGAGACACAUGGCUUAUUACCGAUGAUUGGUGAUUACCAGUGAGAUCAUUGAUCCUAUAUAUGAAUUUGAUAAUCGGUAAGAAUAAAGACACCCGAGAGUAGUUCAGAUUUCGUGUGUGUAGCUGCUAUUUACCACUUGGCUCAUUGAAGAAUAGACAACAAAUUGUACUUACAAUUGUGCUGAUAUAUAUACCACAGUGAUUUUCACAAAAUGGGAAGUGAAUUUAUUUUACCGAUUGCUUCAAACCCUUAAUUCUAUAUACUUGAUCUCUAAACAUUGUGUAAAUUGUGUAAAUUUCAACCAAAAUCUCUGAAAUGUGUUUUUAACGUUUUUGAUCAUAUAAGUGGACAAUAUGAACCGGCCGAUUUUGCUCUUAACCAGUCGUUAUUUUCCAUAGACGGUCGGUUUUUCUUGAACCGG